AUGAUUCAAUUAUCGAUUACAUUUGGUUUUAUUGCAUUAUUUUAUUUUACACCACCGAUCCGUGAAUAUGUACAAAGUCAAAAUGGUAGAUGGCUUUAUUUUGCAUCAUAUGGUGUUUUUCUAGUUACUUAUUUUGUAUUGGUUUGUUCACAACGUGCAGUACGAAGAUUUCCACUUAAUCUUAUUUUACUUGGUAUUUUGAUCUUAUCAAUGAGUUAUAUGAUGGGUAUGAUUUCAGCAUAUUAUAAAAUUGAAUCAAUUUUGAUUGCUAUUGGUAUAACAGCAGUUGUUUGUUUGGGUGUUACAUUAUUUUCAUUUCAAACCAAAUAUGAUUUUACAUCAUGUUUUGAGGUUUUAUUUGUUAUGUCAUUAGCACUUUUAGCUUUUGGAAUUGUUUGUGCUUUUACUUAUUCAAGAAUAUUGUAUACAGUCUAUGUUGGUCUUGGAGCUGUAGCUUUUUCGAUUUUCUUGGCUGUUGAUACCCAAUUAAUUAUGGGUGGAAAACAACACGAAAUAAGUGGUAAAGAUCAUAUUUUUGCAUCACUUAUGCUUUAUAUUGAUAUUAUUUAUAUAUUUGUAUUUAUUCUGAGUUUGGUUGGUAAUCGGAAAUGA